CAAUAUACCAUUUAACCUCUCUGUUGGUUGGUAUUUUAAAAUCCUAAAGUUCGUUCCUGCAUUGCGCAAAAGAACCAAUCAAUAAAAACGAUAAAUAUUGACCAGACACCCCAGAAACGACGGAGUCUUUUUAAACCUCUCGUCAUGUAGUCGUGUUCUUUUCAUUGACCGCAAGGAACUCGACAGAGACAUUUACGACGAAUAUGGGAUGUUCCACGAGCACGGAGGUCAGGGCCGUUUCUCCAUCGAUGAACACAAGACAGGUUCAUCAUCAACCACAUUUACAACAAUUUCAUUCAUCACCGGAAUACCAGAAUCAUGCUCAACCCCAACCAAACCAUCAACAACGUUCUAAUCACGAAGACCGACAACAGCAAGUACAUGAAAACAACUACAGUAGCGUCCAGCACCAAAACAAGCCUCCGCCAGAAACUGAUUCUACCCAGCAACACCAGUUGUCCAACAACAAUCCAUCUCCAGCAACUGACUCUGACCAGCAACACCAGUUGUCGAACAAUGUCAAUGACCAAAUGUCAAACAGAGUUAGUGACCAGGGAGAGAAAACCAACACUGACCAAUCAAAACCUUACCUGAAAUAUACAGCGCCACCACAACCUCUCAAUCCAGGUUCUGGUCUUGCAAUCGACAUUGAAUUUUAUUUGGAUCUUGAUUCAAAAAUAGCGAAUUCUAAUGUAAUACUAUCGAAAGAAGAGAGUGUUGACGACGUGAAAGCGAGACUUGCGACUUACGGUGUUUUCGGGGAGAGUUAUAAUGUGAGAGAACUUUGUGGCCAUAAUAACACGCAGGGAUAUAUGGAGUUGUUUGGUUUCCAUGGAAAUGUCGUUUUGAUGCCGGCUUUGUUUGAUCUAUGCAGUCCAUAUACUUUCGCUAUCGAAAGAGCAAGAAUACUAGAAAAUGAGCCAGAUCUCCCCGAAUCGGAAUACAGUUCCUGGGGGUCACAUCACACGUUCAAACACCCGUUUCCAGUGCCGUUUUACGCUUUGCAUUUUGAUGGAUUAGACAGUAAAACUAUAUCGCUAUGCAUGAAAAAGUGCAGAGUUGGUAUAUUGAGAACAGGAAAGAAAGAGGAAGUCGAGGACUUGAAACAGGACGCAAAUACACUUCUGCAAGAAAUUUCAGAGAAUAUCGAAAAUCCUACUCAAAAUCACAUUGAAUACAAGGACCAACUUCUGCGAGCGUGCAAAAAAUAUGAGAUUACUCUAUCUUCUCACGGGGAGAUAGAAGAGCACAAACCUUCAGGGAACCCAAACGAACAAACAUUUCCACUGCCGGAUGUUUUUAAAACAAAUCCCAAACUUCUACAGAAGUGGAUAGAGCACUGGGAAAAGUUCGAAACUACUGUGGGGCCCGGAGACGGAUGGAACUUCAGUUUAAAGCAAUGGGAAGUGUUCGAAAAAGACAGUGAGGAUAUGAAGAUCGACGACACAAAACUUCAUAGAACGGAACUCGAUACCCUGCCUCCCCUAGACCUUUCUAUAGACGGAGAAGCCGGGUGGGAUGUGAUUCCAGUGGACAUUGUGAAAAAUGACGUGGCAACCCCGCAACAAGAGGAGAUCCUAAAGGCUAGAGAGAACCGGAAGAACUUCAAUGAUCCGGUGCGGAUGGAGAAACGCCGACUGGCAAUUGAGGAAUACUUCGUAAAAACAUACGAUACAAAGUUUAAGUGGGCCUCUGAAAGAGCUGCAGAAUUCAGAGGUUUUGCCGAUAGUUUAGUGAAGGCCGAAAAAGAAUUUUUGGCUCUUUGUGAAAAAAGUUAACCUAACUUUGACCACCAUCAGUUUGAUAUACCACGAUACAGUUUUGCUGUGGUACACAUGUUGACUUAAUUACAAGUUUGCAUUUUACAUAAUAUUUGGACCUUAAUUCAGCCAUUUCGUUAAUACAUGUAAAUUGUAUACACGGAAGGCCCGAGAAAAUGCAAUUGUCAUACUCACCAGGAGCAGAUAAAGUAAUGGGUGUGUGCCACAGACACUCGGCGUUUUGAAUAUGUAUGAUAAAAAAUAUCUUCCUAUAAACAAACUGUUCAUAGUUUGUUUAUAGGAAGACAAUUUUUUCUAAAUUAUAGAUAUCUAAAACGUCAAGUGCCUGUGGUGUGUGCUAAGGUGGACGAUGCUUGCAUUAAUUAUGUAUUGGGGCAUUCUUGAAAAUGCACCUGCUCCAAAACAUUUUAUCUGAUCACUAAUUCGGAAAAUAGUUUUGAGGACUAUUACAAUCCCCAUACAAAUAAAAUAAAUCUUAGCAUUUUUAAAUCUUUUCCCCCUAAAGUGCGUUAAAACUGGGUCCAGCUCAACAUAAUUGAAGAAAAAAAUAUUUAAAUCAAUUCAGUAUAAUUUAAAAAUAAAUCGGAACAAUACGGCUUUAUCAUUUCCAAAAAUAUCUUUAUAUCUAUUUCUCGAAAUUGGCAAGAAAUAUUAUAACUAAUGCUUACUAUGAUAAUUGAAUAAGCCACCUUAGCCAUUCUAGUGACCAUAACUUGAUAUAUAUUCAGUGAUCUAUAGGUUCACGAACAUUGUGCAUGGUAUCGGAGGCUAUUAUUGUGACGUGUAUACAUCCCGAAGUGGCAUUUUUUAAAAAAACAUUCAAUAACCUGAUAUUAAACGUCAUAGUAAGAGAAAAGUAUAAAAGAUAUGGGGGAAAGAAAAACAUUUCUAGAAAGCCUAUAUCCCGGAGAAUAUUAUAUACGGAAAUUAUCAAUACCCGAGGCUAGGCAAUUUUCAUGGUUCGUGGGUCAUGUCCUUUACCGCCAAUUUGAAAUAAAAUCAAAGUGUGUUAUUGAGAUACUGUAAAUGUCCUACAUGUGACUGUGCAUUCUAUUUAGCGCCUUUCGCGGAAAGCAGCUAACGCUAAAUCAAGUACAUCACUAAUUGUCUUGUGUAUUUAUAUUUUCCUAUAGCACAUCUUAAAAGCCGCUAAAUCAUGUCUACGCUAACUUGCGUAAAUCGAUUUACACCAAAUAAUGUACACACUAGAUAUAAUACAUUUAUAGUGCAAUUCAAAAAUAUUAAAAUUUCUAAUUCACUAUCAACGGUCAACACAAUUUGACAAAGCCCAAUAAUUUGUAUGUUCGUUGAGCGAGUGUGUACAUUGAUUAACCUUACUGCAUUGCAUCUUCCAAUCUUAAUUCCGACUUGUUCUACCAUUUAUCUGAAAAAUAAAGUUAUAGUCCUAUAUGUUACUUAAAAUUGUUCACCAGGUAUAUGUAGCUACUAUGCAUCCAGUGUAAACUUCCUGGUGCAAUUACAAAAACAUAUUUACAUUUCCAAUGUAUCCGAAAGUCAUAUCUUCUUUGAAUACAG